AUGGCUGAAGACUUUGACUGUCAAAACCUCCUGUGUGAAGAACUAGAGGAUUUGGAAACCAAGAGCACCCCCGAGAAGACAGCUGGGAAGAAGACCGAGGGAAGUGAGAAUGGGCUUAGUCAGAAGGAUGAUGAGGAGAUGGAGUGUGGAGAGAAGAUUGGGGAAGAGGAGGAAAUGGAAAACGAAGCUGUAUUGGAGAAAGAACUGACGAAAGGAGAGACGAAGCCGGAGAGGGGGCCAGAGGUCCAGGAUGUCCUGAUGGAAAACAAAGAGAUGGCAGACGAGGAGGAGAAUAAAGAGGCAAAGAAUCCCGACCUGGAGGCCAGAGAUGAGCAGAAGAAGAGCAGGAAGAGGCGUGGAAGGAAGCAGAACGAGCCGGUGAGACCGAGGAGAGUCGCAAAGGAGGCCGAGGGGAAGCCGGACGAUGGCGGGAAAAGCCAGGAUCUUCCUGCUGUGGGGCUGGAGGAGAGGGCCGGCGUGGGGCUGAGGAGCAGCUGUGAGCUGUCGGACUCCGUGUAUCUGGGGUUCGGGGGGGUCGGGGGGGUCGGGCUGUUCUGCCCCCCGGUUUCUCUGCUGUACUCCCAGCCCUCGGCCCCCGUCCCAGCUCAGCCUCAGGGGACCAAACGGCCCCACAGCUCCCCUCUGGCCCACAGCCUCCACCAGCAGGAGCCACAGCCUCUGGAGAUGGAGAUUGGUCAGGUGUUCUCCGCCCGGCGCUCGAUUCGCUGCUGCGGCAGCAGGGGGCGGAGCCUCGGCCCGCCGCCCCCCCGCCCGCAGGCCCCGGGGGGCUGCCCGCUGCCGCCCGCGCCAAAGAAGAAAACCCGCACCCUCUACAGCACAGACCAGCUGGAGCAUCUGGAGGCCCUUUUCCAGGAGGACCACUAUCCCGACGCAGAGAAGAGGAAAGUCAUCGCUGCCUCGGUCGGGGUCACCCCUCAGAGAAUAAUGGUCUGGUUUCAGAACCGCAGAGCUAAAUGGAGGAAAGUGCGCUCCAUCACAGCUAAAGCCGAUUCCUCUCGGGGAAGAGCUGAAUACAGCAGCAGUCCCAUCCACAAAAUCAAUCCCGCCCUCCCCACACUGGCGUCCAACAGAAAAGGAGCUUCGGAUUAUUCGGGACACUUUGCUGCCUCGGUACCUCAGAUUGCUCCAGUGGCUUCUUUCCCUGCCCUCUCUACCCAGACCCCUCCCUCCUUCAGCUCCCUGCUGGCCAGCCUCAACAGCCCAGGUCAGGGCAGAGGGAGAGAGAUGGGCCAGCAGCAGCUUUCCUCUCAGGGGGGUUUUCCGGAGUACCACCCCCGCCCCAUGCACAGCCCCCCCCCUCUGCGGAGAGCCAGCCUCCCCCUUUUAGCCACGGCCUACAACCCCGUCAGCCCCACGCCGUCGCUGCUCAACACCCCGGCCCACACCCCCCCCCUCUUCCUGGAGGGCCUGGACGGGGGCUCCUCCGUGGCCCAUUGUGACUCCCAGUCUGUUCAGACCGACACCAGUUCACUUUUCGACUUGGCGGAUAAAAUUGAUUACCAGACGUCCUCCCAGCAGAACAGUCUCUCGUACCAGUUUCAGACCUCCUUCUCCACCAACCAGCACCAGCCUCAGGCAGCUCUACCCCACAUGGCCUACCUCACCCCCUCCCCCUACCUCACCCCCAACCCCCCCGAUGCCAACCCUGCCUCCUACUUGACUUUUGGCCCGGGGGGAAACUCCGCUGGGGUGGUUACUUACUCCACAGGUGGUCAUUCCUACUUCCAGUCCCAGAACGCUGGACAGAUCCUGCUGCAGUCGGCUGCUCAACACGGUGGUGUACCGGCCUACCCGCCCUUCCCGUGGGGUAGCGUGUAUGGUCAGCCAUCCCUGCACCAGCAUGCCCCGCCCACUUUCCCCGCUGGUUUGGGAUGUGCUCAGGACCAGCAGCCUCCCUCCACCACCGGCCUUCCUCUCCACUCCUUCUUCUCGGGGGCCGACCAGGUCCCGUCUCAGGGAAGCUUCCAGGCUCUGUCACACCCCCAAACGGCCCCCAGCGCCCUCCCGCCGGUGUCCACCCUGCGGCCCCCCCCCCUCGAACCAGAGGGGUCUCCACCCACGGCCUCAUCGCUGUUGCAGUCCCAGGUCAGCUCGGCCUCUCCAGAAAGUCCUUCGGCGCCCCCUUGUGUUAAGAUUGAGUACGACAGCCCUCAGGAGAUUCACAGCCACUUCCACUGUGACUUCUCCCCGAUACACUUUUGACUCCAUAGCCGAGUUGUGUGGAUGUUUCUAACUGUAAAUAGAAUAGUUGUAAGUUUCUUUGUGCCUUCUAUUUGUGUUUUUCAGUGGAAAUGUUAAUGUAACAAGGCUUCAUUGGGCGGCUUUAGGCUCAGCGGCAAUAAAUGUUCAUUGCUCAAACCAUAUUUUUCUUUAAAAUUUAAAUCUUUCCAACUCAUUUCUCAAUGACUAAUAACUUGAAUUAAGACGGUUUUCAAAUCAUCUUUUCAUGUUGUUGGCUUGAU